GCAACUAUGCCAGGGAGUUUGCCGAAAUCCAGAUCUUUUCGCCAGCUUCUGCUUUUGCCGACGCUCUCAUGACUUUCACACAUCCCAAGGCCGGACCGUUCUACGCGGUGACAGCCUUUGUGGUGCGACAGGGGCUCAGCUGGAUGAACCUCACAGUGACCCUGGAUGGCGGCUCUUUACAGUCGAUCACGAAGCUCGAUGCCCCGCUGGUGCUUUGCCCGCAGCACCGGUCUGUCCUCGACUUCGUGAUCAUUGGACUUACCUGUUUUCAGAUGCAGCCCCUUCUGCCAACACUGCAGCUUCCGCAGGUGGCGGCGGAUGCAGAGUUUUCUGGGCUGCCCUUCCUAGGCUGGGCUCUAUCAGGCCUGGGCGCCUUCUUU